GACGCCGAUGAGGAGAAGCAGAGUGUGUUAAUGUUUGAGGUUUAUUUAGAGACUAACUGUGUGAGAGAGUAUAGGGGGGUGGUAAGGGGUUGGCUGACCACCCUGGACAGCCCCUUCCUGACUACAUCGCUGACAGGAAGUUUAGAAAGAAAAAGAAAAACGGGGACGUGAAUUUUUUCUAUUUCUUCUUCUUAGUUUUUCUGAAUUUUAAUGAUUUUUGCCUUCCCUCAUUCGCAAAAGGAAUACAUAAUUCGGAAAACUCACCAAAGAGAACGCCACAAAGUGAAAGAGUGAAGUAAGAAUGUGAAGGACAGCUUUUGCAGUACAUUGGGUCAUUCUUUGAGGGAUUAUUUGUGACGCCAAAGGAAGAAUGUUGAGUGUGAAGACUGAAUGAUGAAAACAGCUGUUGGGACUCAGAACACGGAGCAUCCUGAGAAGUGAUCUAAAAACAUUCAUCGGAUUCUUCUCAAAGUUCUGUGUGUCCUGCAGUAUGCAAUAUGCUUUCUCCUGGGCCUUCCACAGCACCUCCAAGCCUCUCCAAACCCACUUCCCCAACCAUAUCUUCACCUAUUCAGGCAUCUUUCCAUUCACAAACCUCUCCUCUUCCUCCUAGUCCUCCUUCUUCUUCCUUGACUUCUACUUCAGCCUUCCCUUUGGUUGAUAUAACUGACAACCCGUCCACUGACACCGCCUCCCUUCCGCUCCCUACUUCACCCCCAAUUUCAUGUGUACAACCUUCCUCACCUCAGCUUAGCUCCAAACCAUCCCUACCUCCCCACAAACCCAUGUCUCCCCAGGCCUUAAAGCCACCUCUCCCAGCACAACUUCCCUCUGCUCUUCCUAAGAGCUUCUCGUCAGCCCAGCCUAGACCACCUCCACCUCCUGCCACAAGGCCCUCAUCUCCACCUCAACCCAGACCACCUCCACCAGUAGCCUCAAAACCUCCAGUCCCCACAUCUCCUGUGAGCAAGUCCAAUAAACCUUUUCCUCCUGGUAUCAGCAUCCUGGAGAAACUGAUUAAGACCUGUCCAGUGUGGCUUCAACUGGGAAUGAAGCAGGACAGAGCCAUGCAUAUACUGAGCAAGGAGUUUCCAGGGAUCUUUUUAGUCAGGAGGGAUGCAAAUCAAAAAACGAUGGUACUGGCAGUACGUCUUCCUGACCAGCUGGGGGAGCCCCAUGUCAAGGAACUGCCUAUAAAGGAAGAAAAAUCCUUGCUGUACCUUGAAGGGUCUGUGCUGGUGUUUGAGAACAUUUUUAAACUCAUAGCUUUCUACUGUGUUAGCCGGGACAUCCUCCCUUUUCCUCUGAAGUUACCUCAGGUAAUUCAAAAGGUAGAGAAAUAUGAGGACAUGGAGGUGAUCUCAUCUCUAGGUUCAGAGUUCUGGAACUCAGCUCUGAAUAGUCAUGAGGAAGUGGAAAACGUUGCUGGUAGCUGUGGUGCUUCAGAUGGACAGGGGAAAAGCAGUUCCUGUGAAAUCCAGCUUUCCAUUGGCAGUGACCGGCUUUGGUAUGUCAACCCAAUUUUCAUUGAGGAAUGCAGCAACAGCUCGUCACCCACCUCCUCUACGCCUGUUCUGAGGACCCAGAGUCUCAACGCACCAAUACAGGCUCCGCCCAAAUACAAAAGGCCGCCACCCCUACGCCCUCGUCCUCCCAGUUCACCUGAGUGCUCUUUAAACUAUGCAUUGGCCAAGCCUUCAAAAGGGGAGUUUAAGUCUGUUCUCAGUUCUCUUCCCCCUUCAGGCCAGAAAGGGGAAGGAAGUGACUCGAAGCGUGUAGACAGAGAACAAGAGAGACAGGGAACUCCUGCCCCAAGCACUGAGCGUGACAAGCCAGCUGUCUUACAACCAGCUCAGAGCAAAGAAGGAAAGCAGCUUUCUAAUACAGCUUCACAUCGAGUUCCUCCAAUUCCAAUCCGACGGAGGUUAUCUGAAAAGCAAGCUUCAGAGGAACCAACACAGAAGGAAGUCCACACCAGCACCUCCAUAGAAGCAAAGGACGAUUUUCCACAAGUCCCUGUAGCAUCACUCAUUUGCCUAGAUGACAGUAUAGAAGAAAGGGACAAGCCUAUGGAGCCAGAUACUCAGCAACUUCAAGAGAUGCCAGUGGAAGAGUCUAAGGUAACUAAUGGAGCUCCAAUGGUGACUCGAGAGGUAGCACCUCAACCAAAACGGCCCAAUGCUCCAGUGGCACCUCCCAGGAAGAAAAGACUGUCUCAGAAUCUGACGGGACAAGUCUCCCAAAGCUUUGGAAACUCACUUGCGCCAAUUCCCCAAGAGCCCACUUCCAUUGUUCCUUUAAACUCCAGCAGCCCCAGUCCUGUCCGCCACUCGCUCUGCAUCAACGCUGCUCAUCACAAAGUCUCAGAUGUUUCUUUAUACUCACCCGAGGGUGGAGCUCCACCAGACCACGACUCCUACUCAACCAGUAGCACGGAAGAGGAGCCGGAUUCCAAUAUGUCAACAGGUGCUGUGAUGAAGAGGUCCCCAACAAUUAUGCUAGACCGCGCCAAGCAGCGACUCUCAAUGGUGUCCAUGGCGAACCUCUCCAAUGUCCUCACAGGCUUCAUGAAUGCGGACCGCAAGUUGCAGAAACGCAUCGUCGAGCUGUCUCGGGAUGGUAACACGUACUUUGGGAACCUUGUUAAGGAUUAUCGAACUUUCACUUUGGACACUAUGCGGAAACACACCUCCAGCACAGAGAUGCUCCAAGAGAUCAGGCAGAUGAUAACCCAACUGAAAAGCUACUUGAUCCAGAGUGCAGAGUUGCAAAAUCUACAGGAAGCAGUUGCGUACUCUGAGGAGAAACUGGAGAUCAUUAUUGAAGCAGCACUAUGCAAAAGUGUCCUGAAACCCUUGCGGGAGGCUGUGUAUAAUGGACUGAAGGAUAUCCACUCCCGUGCAGGAAAUCUGAAGAAAUUAAAAGAGAACCAGCAAGUGGUUCAGGGGACCACCACCACAGACCUGGGGGUCAUUACAAGUGUUCCUGAAAACGCCGUCAUGGAGAAAAUUCAAACAAAGCUCAGUAACCUACACCAAGAAUAUUCACCUCAGAAGAAGAUCGACCUCCUCCUCAAGACCUGCAAAAUGAUCUAUGAAUCGAUGUCUGUGGGCAGUCCAGGAAAGGUUCACGGGGCUGAUGACUUCCUGCCUGUGCUGAUGUACGUCUUGGCUCGCUGUAACAUCAGCGCUCUGCUGCUGGAUGUAGAGUAUAUGAUGGAGCUAAUGGAUCCGGCAUUGCAGCUCGGAGAGGGUUCAUAUUAUCUCACCACCACUUAUGGAGCUCUGGAGCACAUCAAAAAUUUUGAUAAACAAGCUGUGACCAGACAGCUAAGUUUGGAGAUUCAGGACUCCAUCCAUCGUUGGGAGCGUCGCCGCACCCUAAACAAAGCCAGAGCGUCACGCUCCUCUGUACAGGACUUCAUUAACGUGUCCUUUCUGGAGGCCGGCUCCAACACCAAGACCCUGGGAGCGCGUCCCAACACUACCGCUCAGGACUUGUGCAAUCAGUGUGCAGAGAAGUUUGAGGUAUUGGAUCCUGAAUCCUAUUGCCUAAGUGUGCUGGUGGAAGGCCAUUACAAGCAUUUAUCUCCUGAAGAAUUUCCUCUCACAAUCAAAUCCACCUUGCAUCACAGUGAGCCACGCAAGGAGUAUUAUUUCGUCUACCGCCACGGUCGCUGGCCAGAACCAGAGUCUGUGGACCAGACGCCAACUACACCAGCAACAGAAGAGAGUUUGAUAUGAACUAAUGAGUUGGUGUGCGUGUGUGUGUGUGCGCAAGAUGGGUCUUAAGCAGAGGGUUUGAGCUGCUUGAAUGGACAACUUUAAUAUAAGAAAGAAUGUAAGUGAUGCUCAAGAAUGUAAUCUGAAAUUACAAUGCCUAACCACACAGCAAAAUGUGCUAUUUGCUGAGGGAAAUUGCAUGAAUUCAAAGACUGCCUUACAGGUGAGUGGCAUUUGCUUUAAAACGCUUGCUGGAAAGAUCCAGGACUGGAAUCCGAAAACUGUUUUGAAAAGAUCUAAUUUUUUUCUCCUAAAGGAGCUUGCAUCAUAAAAAAACAUUCAUUUUUUGAGACUCAAGAAUAUCAGCAAACACACAGCAGAUACAUCCUUCACCUUAGUUAGCCUUUACUUCAGCAGAUCUGAUGUUCUCAAGCAUUAUACAGUCCUUGAAAGUUUCGUGAUUUAUAAAUGAAACUUUUAACUUUCCAACAAUGCAAAUCCUUUCACAUCUCAGGGCUCAGCAGAUUGUGACUCAUACCCUGUUUUGGUGCUGAUUUCUUCAUUUAUACGUUUCUUAAAGCAAUGCAUCUUUACAGACCUUGAACUGGUUAUGCACCUGCAUUGCUUUCAAAAUAUAUACUCAGUAAUUUGCCAUACAGAUAUGCUUUCUGUGUUAUAUUUUCUUCAUAUUUGGUUCAUUGUUGCUGCAUUUUAUAUCUCACAACAUAUACAGUAGUUUAGAUAUAAGCUCUGACUUUGCAUGAAUAUGCAUAUCAUGAAUAUCACCCAAUAUGUGUUUCAGUGAGCACAACACUUGUCAAACCAAGGUGUUUGUUAUAUUAUAAAUGUAUACUGGUAAUAAAUACUUUUUACAUCA